UUUCAUGAUAUCAGUCUUUGCAGCCUUGUGAAGCGGCCCCUUGCAUGGACUAUUGCUUGUGGGCACAACAAGGUGGCAGAAAGCAACUCAAAGAAUGAAAAGGCGUGACUUCUCGAGGCGCAGGAGAUUCACGUGCGAUGUUCCUUGGACAGACUUUGUCUCGCUCUGUAGCCGUCACCUUUCUUCAGGAAACCUCGGAGCACCUCUAAUUGCUCAGAGUGCCUGACAUUUCGAAUUGUCCUCCCGUCUAUAUCUCCACGAUGGAUCAUAAGUAGACAAGGAAGGUUGAAUGAGAAUGCAGGACAAGGCCAACGGGGAUUCACAGAAGAAACCAGUGGGAGGGAUGAGUGAGCAACGUGUGCAACAGUCUCAAGAUGAGGGGAGAGCAGUGCAGAGGAGAACCUUCACCAGGUGGAUGAAUGCCUUUCUGCAGAGACGCGAUCCUCCAGUCAAGGUGUACGACCUGUUCACGGACAUUCAGGAUGGACGAAUACUUUUGGCUCUGCUGGAGGAGCUUUCCGGGUGCAAGCUACUUUACAGGUUCAGGUCGUCUUCUCACCGCAUUUUCAGACUGAACAACAUUUCCAAGGCCCUGGCCUUCCUGGAUGAUAGACAUGUGAAGCUGCCUGGAAUCGAUGCCUCAGGUAUCGCUGAUGGGAUCCCCUCUGCUGUUCUUAACCUUGUCUGGAAUAUGAUCCUGUAUUUCCAGGUAAAGAAAGUGUUGCGAGGCCUCCAGAGGCAAUUGUCUUCCAGCCUUUCUUCCUUAUCCACGAGCUGUUACCCCUUCUCUAGCGACCUCUCACCCCAGCCAAAUGACAUUGGCAGCUACUCCUGCAUUACACUGCCAAGCAAAGGCAGAAAGGCUACCAGAGAGCCAAAGUACCAUGGGAAAGCAAUCAAGACUCUGCUGCAAUGGGUCCAACGAUGCACAUCAAAGUUUGGAGUGGAGGUGUGUGACUUUGGAAGGAGCUGGAGGAGUGGGCUUGCAUUCUUAGCCAUGAUCAAGUCCAUAAACCCAGACUUAGUCGACCUGAGGGAGAACCUGACCAGACAACCAAGAGAAAACAUUCAGCUGGCCUUCACAAUAGCUCAUCACAGUUUGGAUAUACCACCUCUUCUGGAGCUUGAAGAUGUGUCAGGCCCUUCACCAGAUGAGCAGUCCAUCAUCACCUAUGUGUCUAUGUUUCUGGGCCAAUGUUCAGGCACAGAUGAGGAUCAUACAACAGAUUUUGGAUCACUUGAGUCUGUCAGCUCUGGAGAGACCCACGCCGAUUACCCGAAAGCCCAAGCAUUAGUCCAAGGCUUAGAGGGGAGCAGCGAGCAGCUACUCUGGAAGCGGUGGGCCCGCAGAUCUUCAGGGAGCCCCCGGAACACCUCGGCUCACACUAGUGAGGCCACGUCCCCAUUCAACAAAAAGAAAAGCAGGAGUCGAAGCAUUCUCCAGCCACCCAGUCCGCUGGACGCAGGCGGAGUCAGCCAGGAGAUCCGAUCAUGGAUUGAGAACGCGUCUGCUGAUCAGGGCGACAGCAAGCCCACAGCGGAUGAAAGCCACCUUUCCUUGAGCUCAGAGGAAGGAAUCUACAGCUUGUCAGCACUGGACUCAGAUGAGGAGGACGCCUACAGCUACAUCCUGGAUCUGAAUGAAGAGGAUUUUCAACCAUAUAAUCAGCUGAAAAGACAAGUGGCAAGGGUUGAAGAGGAAACAGAGAAAGACAUGUUCUCGAGGGGAGAGCAGAUUGAAGAGUCAAUACAUCUGGAAGUGUGUAAGAAGACAUUCAACGGGAGUGAACAUCAAGAGGACUCAGCACAGCAUGGUGAACCAGAGGUCAGGGCUCAGUCAGGGGUUGAUAGGACGUUUAAAUGGGACAAAAGUGAAAGUUUUUCCAGAGAGAUGGCCCACAAUGCAGCUGUGUUUGACACAGAGUCAGAGGAAGACAGCAGAAGCAGAGAAGAACGUGGAGACGGGAGUGUUGUUCCAGGACAGAGUAAUGAUGAAGGGGAUCACUGUGAGAAAGAGAUGAUAAAGGAAAUGACAGAAUAUGCUAGAUUGGUGAAGCAUGGAUGUGAUGAAAGAGCGGCGCUGAUGGGUGAAACAAAGAACCCAGCGCUUUUUGAUGUGGAUAGUUGUAAGAUAGAAGUUGAGAAAGAGACUGAACAAUGUGGCCACGGGAUUGAAGACAACAAAAAAGAGGAGGAAAAUGUGCCGAAAUUUGAGGAAGGGCAGGGGAGAAAGUCAGGGAAAGAACAAGAGGAAGAGGAUAAGGAUGAAGAGAGGGAAACUCAGCAAAGUGUUGUGAAUUUAGAACGUUUCAAGGUAGGAGUAAAUGAAAUAAUGAUAACUGAUGAGACUGCAUGUGAAGUCAGAGAUGCAACUAGAACGAACACAAAAGAAGGAAAUGACGGGGAAACAAAUGGAAUGGACAUGGAAGUAUUAACUAGUGAAGAUGACAAGGAAGAAUGCAGCGAUGAAGUCAUGAAUUCUGAAGUUAGAGCAGCGGAGCAGAAAGACGGGAACCUUAAGAUUAGGAGACGAGAACUCACUGGCGAAACGGCAACAAUAGCCGGCAAAACUGCCCCCAAAAAUGGCACUAAUGGAGGUGUUAAUGGCCACGGUGUUGAACUUGGUUGGACUCCUCCCCGGCCUGCAACUUCUCAGUCGUUCAGAGAGGGAGGAUUCAUCCCUCAACCCUCAGCUGCUCCUCAUCUAACCCCAUUAGAGCUGGAAAUGCUCUUGUUCCUGUGGAUCCUGCUCUACUGCUGCUUCAUCUUCUGAGUCCCCCUGCAGUGCACCCUGCUUAUUAAGAUAUGCUUAUUAGCCCCCUUUCCUCUAACGAGCCCAACAAGGACACUUAGGGCUGGAUUGACUUUUUAUCUGGGUCACACAAUUCCCCUCAAGGCAACACUUAAUGACUGUGUUUGCUUUUUGCCGCCAGCAGAAAUGAUUAGUCAUAUAGUUUCAGAUAAAAGCACAUAGUGCUGUUAUCCCGGUCAUUACACACUUUGUCAGCUGCUCUAUCUCACCCUGCACACAUUAGCAUACAUGGGCUGUGAGGUGUUUGUGCAUGUCCAAAAUGCUCUGUUUAUUUAUUUAUUUUUGUCAGGCAGCGAUCUUCCUUUCAAUUUCACUGACUGUCACCGUCUUUAUCAACCACAUGGUGGCGUCGCAGCAUCACAGCAGCAACUGUCACAGUCGCCGCUGAGAAUCCCACAAGACCUGCUGCUGUUUAAUGAGAUGCUGUAUGACACUAUGAAACUAAGCUGAUCAUAUUUAAUGAGCACUUUGACAUUUUGCAGACUCUCACUGUCACUUGCAUCGUGGUGCUGUAUCGUUGUGCUCAUCUCUACAGAUACUGUGUGAGAGUUAAAGCUUCUCAACA